GUGACUUGAGAGGGAAUCACUUGUCGUUAAUAGCUUGGUUUACGGUAACCAAGUGAUUGUCCUGACAACUUUUGACGCUGUAAGGAAAAUGUAAUUGCUGCUACAAUAGCUUUCCUCUAAGCACUUAUAUCCAAGUCCGGUUGAACAUUUAGUUCACCUUGAAUCUUCAUGAGUGCCUCUCCCAAAAACCUUCCUCCAUUUUGUGGUUUUGCAACACAUCAUUAAGACAUAACUUCGGGUUCUUAGUAGACAUCGAUCCAAAGCCUUCUGAUCGAUGAAUCACAAGGCUGUGGAUCUCUUGCCUUGAGAGGACUUGCAACGUCAGACUUGGUCUUGGCCUUGCAACUUCACUCGUUAGCUUUAGAAAUUACAUUACAAAUCCAGCCAAUUGAACGUUGCUUGCUUCACUUGGAUUGAUUUGUCACUCUGCAUUUAAGCAUAAUGUUGUAUAUUCCUUAAGGUAGAUUGCCCUUGAGCGACUCAUACCAACAAAUUGUGACGUCCCAUUCCAUUUAUAGCUAUACUUGUAAUGACGGCUUUCGCUUCAAAGAUACCAAUUCCGACACGCAAAAUACCGUUUGCCAAGCAGAUGGAACAUGGAGCGAUGUGGGAACGUGCGAACGGUUCGCUUGUAUGGAUAAACCUUUGGACAAAUCCACCGACAACAUCAACUCGAACGCCUCCCAAACGCUCACCAACCACUUGUUGGGCAUCAAGAUCGAAUACAAGUGUAAGGACGGUUUUUUCUACGAGGACGACCAAUCUACGGAGAAGUACGCCACUUGCGACCGGACCAAGGGCAAUUUUAUAUACCCCGAGCCUUUCGGGAAAUGCGUGGAAAGUAAGACCUGCUCCCAAAAACCACCGGGGACCGAGACUCUGGCAGACUCGGGAAGCUUGGGAGACUCUGUCACUGGGACCUUGGGAGCUGUAUUCACGGAAACGUUCUCCAACGAUUACGAUUCUUCCAAGACGUACAACAACGAUGAUAUUGUGACAUACAAAUGUAAAUCCGAAUUGGAUGAGGUCUUCAAGGGUACGGAGAGAGUGGGUGAAAUCAAGAACACGUGUCAAUGGGACGAAACAUGGUCACUCACCGAUGAGAAUCUUAAAGAUUACGAGUGCAAAUUAAACCUUUGCGAUAUCCGCCAACUAAAAGAGCAAGAGGCCAAUGCCGGGACUCUCACACUUGAAACCCAGACCCACGUGAGCUUCAACGAGAACGGUAUCUUCAAAUGUCCCGAGGGCCAACUUCGAGAGGAUGAUCCCACAACCGCGGAAUUUCAGGUGUUGUGCGAGUCAACGGGCAAUUUCAAACUUCCCGCUUCUUGGCCAACUUGUGCGGACGCCUCGGAUCUGGUCAUUGACUUCAGUACUAUUCGGUAACCAGGGGUUGAGCUUGUAUUUACGAGCUGAGUUUUUUCGCUCACGUUUUGAAUAAUUCUGAACUUUGAAAAGAAAAUUAACAAAUCGUUUGAUCAAAAAAUGAUUUACAACACAGGUGUUCGAGGUAAGUAGGCGGUGACCUAAUCCGAGAUUGGAGAGAUUUUAAAUCCGGUAACGUUUCUUAAAAUCUUAUAUGCCGUUUUGAUUAGUUGAUUGUUCAUGCUCUUGGGUAUUCAGUGAUGGGUGUCAUGCUGCGGGAUGGCACCGUAUUCACCUAUCCCUUAACGAUACACUUUAUCCUUUACAUUGCGAGUGUUAACACACUUUCUCUCCCUCCAAUGCAGACCUCCGAUCCCUGCGAGUUGUGGAAGGAAGUCUUGGGAGGUGCUCAACUUGCUUUAUUUAGAUCUAGGCAUCAACCCUUCGACAUAUAAGUACAUACAUGAAAAUAUCCUGUGCAUUAUGAUUAUGGAUGAACGUUUCAUAUUCACUGACUUGCUUGUCAAUUUGGAGAACUGUUUCUUAUGAAUAAAGAUAUUUUGGAAAUUUCAA